AUGUUGAGAACCAGCGAUCGUAUACUCAUAGUUCCAGUUCAGAGACCUGAAUUUCCAUUUGACACAGUGAGUGUAGAUAUAAUCUGUCGAAUUGAACCUCCAUCAGCACGUAAACACAAAUAUGUACUAUGUUUAGUCGAUCUACAUUCUAGAUGGCCAGAAGCUGUCCCUUUGAGAACAAUUACAGCAAAAUCAACAUGCGCCUCAUUAUUAGAAAUCUUUAUGAGAACGGACAUACCUCGGGUAAGAGCUAGCGAUCAAGGUACCAAUUUUGUUGCAGAAUUAACACAAGAACUUUAUGCCAGAUUAGGAGCAAGUCCUAGAUUUGCAACACCAGGACAUCCACAAAGUUCGGGAUUAGUUGAAUGGUACAACCAAGUUCUAAAACGUAUGCUUCAUCAUAUCGUUAGAAACGGCUCUAAAAAUUAG